ACUAGAAUAAUUUUGUCAACAACAAAAAAUUUCUGAAUUUUCGUUUAAAAAAGUAAAUCAGCAAGCAAGCAAGUAAUAAGCAAUGGAUGUUGAUGUUUUUAUAACAAAUUAUAUAUAUGUUGAUCCAGAAAUAUUUUCUUGCUGGCUUGAAGGUCUAACCAGUUCUGAAGCGGUCAUAAGACAACGUAAAAAAGUUGCCAGUAAUAUUCCAUUGGAGUUGAUAGCAUCUGAUGUCUUGGAUCAUUACCGUACCUAUUCUCAUCUCGAGAAGUUUCUUGAUGCACCUCAAAAACUUGACUCGUCGUUGAGCUUCCAGUUAGAAAAGGCAUCGAAAAUGCACAUUAUUGACCAAUAUUACUCUCUUGAUGAUGCUGUUUGUCGUGAGCUAUUAGGAAAAAAGUUGUCAUCUAAAUAUCGUAAAGAUUUAGACGAAAUAAGUGAAAGAACAACAAUAAAACUUAAAAGUUGUCGAAGACAAUUCGACAACAUCAAACGAAUCCAAAAGUGCAUCGAUGAAAGUCCACCAGCUGGUUCAUUCCUUAAAAUCAUUCAAAGAGAAUUUCUUUUGUCUGAAGAGCUUGCAAGAAAAUAUUGUACUAUCGUAUUCAUCGCUUGCCAACGUUUUGAGCUCUCAAAGAAGAAAGUUGCUUAUUUAAAUUUCAAAGACGUUUUUGACUGUUCAAACUCGAUUAUGCAUUUUUGGACGUAUUGCUAUCAGCACUCGCAAGAGAUUGAAGAGGAGUUUGACAAAGAGUUUCUGUUAGACCUUCGAGAAUUACGUUGCUUAUUUGAGAAGGAUCGUGAAAUCAAACACCUCGUUUUGUUUCGUCUGAAGGAUUCACUUCUUGAACGUUCUUACCAAGAACUUGACAUGAAUUUUCGUAAUUAUUAUCGUUCAAUCAUUACAAUUGCUACAUCAAUUCAUCGAUCACGUGAAUUACGUAAUUUCUUUCUUGAACUUGUUGAGAAACUUAUCGAGCCUUGGAAGAUGAACAAUUGGAAUGAAGAGCAAGUAAAAGAUUUCUUAUCAGCACUCACCAAAUGCAUCUUAGAUCUUCAAUCUUUUGGACAUGGACAGACAAGCGGUGCUGAGAUUCGAUGCCUUUGGGAUCGCUUUAUGAAUGUUAUGAACGUUUGCCUUAUGCGAAUGUAUCAUAAUUGACAGUAAUUUAGAGAACUCUCUUAGUCGAAGAAAAACAUUAAAUUAAUAGAUUUGGUCAUUCGAUACUUAGAUAAGACAUUUUCACAAAAUUUAUUCCGAGGUUUAAUCGUUCAAAUACCCCACCCACAUCUUCAAUUACAACAUCAGCAUUCCGUCACGAUAAAUCGAUAUUCAAUUUGAGAUGACAAGCAGUUUAACAUUCUCAUCCCACAAUUCUGUCAUGACAAUGAGUUAAACAUUAAAGAAAUCGCUCGCUGGUGAUUCAUCAGAUUGUCACCAAAUUAUUAAAUAUAAUUACAUAACAAAGAAGUAGAUUCUCUAAGCCAUCCAGUCUCUCUACUCAUACCAAAUCUGAUUUUUCUCUGCUUUUGACCUACAAAAAUUUUCAUUCGGCUUUCCCCUUGUGCCAAAAGUUAUCAAAAACUUCACGUUAAGCUGUAACAUCACCACCCACGAGAAAAAGAAGUGAAAAGAAGGUUCAUGAACGAGAAAAUUUAUAUUCACUUUCAACUUUAUCAUAACUUAUUUAAUAAAUGCCUUUGUUUUUCGGUACAAAGUUUUAAGUAAUAACAGGAAGUUGAAAGCAAUUUUUAUGUUUGACAAAUAAAACUUGGCAAUAUCUAUCCAAUAUUUUGUGCAAUAAAGUUUUUUCUUUUUAUGAAAGUUAA